GUGCGAGACUUGCUGAAGCAGCCAGCAGAAUUUGAGCGUUACAUGAUGGAUCAACUCAACCUUACCGCGGAUGUUGCGAGCGCCAUCGUAGACGGCAGCAUAAGCUUUGAAAUGUUGCUGGAGGUGGCCAAUGCGGACCUCAAAGGUCUCAUCUGUAACACCACAGAGUUUGAACAACUGUUGCGCUUCAACAACGAGUCACAAGAGCAUGCAGCAGCAAUCAGCCAGAGCUUCUGUCACCUUGACAGUCACACCAUACAGGGGAUUCUUGAUUCUUGACAUCCUGCAGGAGUUGGACAUUGGGAAUCUUGUUGAAAAGAUGGUGACAAGUGGACUGGACAGUAUCCUAGAUAAGGCCGGAGUCACUGUGGAAGAGAUGAAAGAAGCAUUUGUGAGCAUUGUGAACGGCCAGAAAGAUCUCACAAACAUGAAUGAGCGCUUUAAUGCAUUUGCCAGCGCCAACGCUGAGGCAUUUGAAAGCCUUGCUGCUGCUCAAACCAGCACACAGGAGUUUGACUCUCUGUCGUCUAUCAUGUGUGGAACGUCACUUCCUGUCAUGAGUUCAAGGACGGGGAGGCACUUGACCAGGACCACAAGGAACCACAAGGAACUCACAGAGCAGCAGACAGCAGAAAUGGAGUCACUAGCCCCAUUAGGUCCGUCUUGCCAGGACAUGUAUGUAAGGAUCAUAAAGGAAGACAACGGCACCAUCGUCUGGGCAUACCUGAAACCACUGCUGCGUGGAAAGAUUCUCUAUGCUCCAGACACCCCUGAAGUCAGGGCAAUACUGAACAAGGCUAAUGCUACAUUUGCAAAGUUAGAGAACUUCACGCAGAUAGCCCUGGAUUGGGCCGACGGGACCAUUGUACUGGAGGAGCUGGCUGGAGACACCGGCAAGGAUAUUCAGGCGCUGUUCAAGAGUGAGUUGGUCAAGUCGUUAGUGAUGCAGAUGUCCGGUGUGAACAACCAAGACCUGACCAACCUGAUCUACACCUUCCAAGACGCAGACACCGGCCUCAUGAAGUCCAUUUCCAAGGUGGCCAGCCUCGUGUCUGACUACCUGUCCUGCAUAGAAAUCAACAGAUAUGUGGGAUAUGCCACUGAGUCAGACAUGCAGACUGCGUCUAUUCAAUUCAACAACCGCAAUGAGCUGCUGGCUGGUCUUGUUUUUGAAGUGUCCGGAGAACUAAAGAGACUGAAGCGUCAUACACACCCCAUAAGUACACACAUCCAGUAUAAGAUCCGAAUGGACGUGGAUAAUUCUCCAAAUACGAACCGUAUCAAGGACAGAAUGUGGCGCCCUCAGCCAGAGGAUCACUUCUUCAACGAGCUUCGCUAUUUCAGAGGUUUCAUUCAGCUCCAGGACAUGAUUGACUCUGCAAUUAUCUCGUUAUAUGCUGAGCAUGAACAGGUGGAUUUCAAGAUGCCAAGGGUUGCAACCAACCAAUUCCCCUUCCCUUGUCAUACACCUGAUACUUUUGUUAACACAAUAGCUGGCUACCUAUUGCCGGUACUGAUGACGAUAACAUUCAUCGUCAGUAUUGCUGUGGCAGUAUACAACCUGGACAGGGAAAGGGGACAGGAAGAGACCCUAAACAUCAUGGGGCUUAAGUGUGGCCUGAAUUUCUGGGCGUGGCUUCUCACAACCUACCUUAUUAUGGCGGCAGUUUGUGGGAUUGACAUCAUCAUUCUGAAAUAUGCAAACAUCUUCACAGAGAGCAAUGCCUUCAUUGUCUGGCUCUACUUUAUAGACUUUGCAUUCUCAAUCUUAAUGCUAUGUUACUUUGUGAGUGCCUUCUUCAUGCGCACAUGGCUGGCCAUUCUGACCUUCUUCAUUGUGUACUUCAUCAGUUAUCUACCCUUUGUUGUUCUCUACACACUGGAGGUUGACAUGACAUUCUGGCAGAAAACUCUAGCCUGUCUGUCGUCUACCACGGCAUUCAGCUAUGCGGCCCAGUACAUCGCGCGUUUUGAAGAGCAGAUGAUUGGUCUGCAGUGGAGCAAUGUGGUCAAGGAUCCCUAUAACACCGAGGACGAUUUCAAUUUCCGCUGGUGUAACAUCAUGAUGGUGAUUGACAGCGGCAUAUACUUCAUUCUGGGGUGGUAUGUCCGCAAUGUGAUGCCAGGUAAAUUUGGUGUAUCAGAGCCGUGGUAUUUCUUCUGCCUGCCGUCUCGCUGGUGUUGUAGCAAAUCCAGUGGAAGGGAGUCUGCAUAUUCACCAAGCAAUCAGGGAAAGAAUGUGUUCAGUGAGCCGGCUCAGAAGUCAACUCCAGUGGUAUUGUCAGCGCGAGGCCUUACCAAGACCUACUCGGACGGGACGCGCGCAGUGUCUGACCUUAACCUUGACAUUCACAGUGGCAACAUCACCACCCUCCUCGGACAUAACGGAGCUGCAAAAACUACCACCAUGAACAUGUUGACGGGUAUGCUGGAGCCCUCUAGUGGAAGUGUCCGUCUGCUCAACAGGCCCCUCAGUGACAUGAGAGGCAGCAUUGGUCUAUGCUCACAGGGGAAUGCACUCUACGAAUACAUGACAGUCCAGGAGCACAUGGAGUUCUACAGCGCCAUCAAGGACUCUUACAAUGCCAUCUCAAAAGAGGAAGAAAUACGACAGUUACUGAAGGACGUUGAUCUGUACCACUGUCGGCACACCCUGGUGAGGAACCUGUCUGGAGGCAUGCAGCGCAGGCUGAGCAUCGCCCUCGCGUUUGUCGGCGGCUCCAAGGCCGUCAUCCUUGAUGAGCCGACCAGUGGUGUGGAUUCCAGCAGCAGACGAGCCAUCUGGAACUUGAUUGUGCGCAGAAAAGAUGCAAAAGAUUCAGGAGGAGCCGCCAUCUUGUUGUCCACUCAUCACCUUGACGAAGCAGACGUGGUCAGUGACCAUAUCGCCAUUCUACACGAGGGCCGUCUGCUGUGUCAGGGGUCACCAAUGUUCCUCAAGCACCACCUGGCAAGCGGUCAUCGACUCACCAUCACAUCUACUAAACAAGACCCUGAUCCGGUGCAUAUAUUGUCCCUGAUCACCCGUUGGAUCCCAGGAUCAAAACUCCAACAGAUGACCGGCUCUGACAUGACCUUUGUGGUGCCCGCGUCAACAGCAGCAGCAACAAACUUUGAUCAGUUCUUUCAGGAAAUGGAGUCUCGCAAAAACGAACUGGACAUCGAGUCUUUUGGAAUAUCAGAUCCUCGACUGCAGGAGGUGUUCCUGAAGGUGUGUGCCGCAGCAGACGCAGGUCACAUGAUCCAACCAGAGACACUUAGGCAGAUGGACAGCCAAUCAGAGGAGAACAGGAGCUCUACAGACGGGGAGUGGAAACAUGACUUUGAGGCAAACGGCUCGAGUAGCAGAGAGCACCUAAACAAGAUGACAGUCCACAGUAGCUCCUGUUUGUCUCUCAUAUUUGCCCUGCUUACUAAGCGAUUCCUGCACUACAUUCGAAAUUGGAAGCUCCUUGUGGCGGUUUUACUACUGCCGUUGCUACUGUUCCUGCUUGCAUGCGGUCUCUAUCUCGUGAAACCCACAGAGACGGAGUCCCCCAGUAUUAUCCUUUCACCCGCCAUGUAUGGUCCAGGUGCCUACUCAUUCAGCAAACAACAUUCACUGCCCCAAACUGGACUGGAUGGCCUGGACAUUGUACAUACAUUUAUGCAGAAGCCUGGCUAUAGCACAUCUUGUAUCAAUGCAUCGUUUGCAGAAAAACUAGGCUCCCCGUAUGAAUGUGUCGACCCCGAUACCUCAUACCACAACACCAGCUACCAGCAUAUGAUGUGUAAGUGUGAUGACAACAAGUACUCAUGUGCUGCUACCAACAACAACGCUUCAAUCCCAGAAUUCCGCUCUGCGACCGGCGACAUUCUUGUUGAUCUUGUGAACCACAAAAACAUCUCGCAGUACCUGUUAGAGACCUUUGAACAGUUCAUUACAAAGAGGUUUGGUGGAUUUGAGUUCAGGGAUGGUAUAGAUGACAACAAUAUGCCAGUUUUGGACGCCAAGAUCUGGUACAACAACAAGGGUUACCAUGCCAUGCCCUCAUUCUAUAACGCCUAUAGCAACGGCCUGCUACGAGCUCUCAUGGCUAGGGCGGGAAAGCACAGUGAACAAUAUGGCAUUUCCACCUACAACCAUCCCUUUGUGUUCGGAAAGCAGAAGCAAAACAUGCUGUUUGCCGCUGCGGAUAUUGGCAUCGCUCUUAUCAUCCUGAUCGCCUUCACGUUCGUCCCGAUUGGCUGCCUGCUGUACCUUGUCACAGAGUUCCUAAGUAGUGAGAAACACAUGCAGUUCAUAGCAGGCGUCGGAUCAUUUGUGUACUGGAUUGCCUCCUUCAUCUGGGACAUGAUGAUUAUGGGUAUAUCAAUAGGCAUAGCUGCCAUUAUUAUCCUCAUCUUCAAACCUGCAUCAUUCUGGGAUAGAGAAAAUCUUGGAGCUGUAUGUGUUCUGCUGGCACUGUUUGGGUCGUCCACCAUAACCCUUUGUUACUGCUUCUCAAAGCGGUUUUCAUCAUCGGGUGCAGCGUUUUUCACACUGUUCUGUUUCCUGAACUUCAUCGGCAUUAUAACGAUCAUUUACAUCUUCGCAUUAAAUUGGUUGGGAGCAUUUAGCGAUGUAUGAAAAGGGUUAUUUGAUGAUAUAAGUUUGUUCAUGUUAAGUUCCCACUUUUAUGAUGUUUUUAAAAGUUCAAAUCAUGGACUAAUUGUAGUGAUCCUGUACUAUCUUAUUGAAUCUUCUGGUCAGCCAUGGCACUUAUGUUCAACAACAAACAAGGGGCAUAAUGUAAAAAGUGGGUCUU